AUGCGCGACAGCCUUCUUACCAGCCUCUGCUGCCGCUUUUGCUCCAGAGCGUCGCCUACCGUGGUGCUGUCAAGAGUGGAACAAUGGAUGACCGUCACCCUAAAGCGAGUGAACAAAGUGAAGAGACCGCUUAACAACGUCGGACAGCAUACCAGAUGCCUCACAGAGGUCCUCUCCCACCAGAAUGCCAUCUGGAACCUAUGUUCAAUCAUGCUGCUCAAGGCUCCCGAGUCCAAGCUACCCAAGGAUGAGAACCCACUCGUGGAUGCCCUCUUCAACUAUCAACUCUCUCACAUGGAAGCCUACGUCGUGCAUGUCGAUAUGGUCUCGCAGAACGAAGUGGCCUUCAAGCUAACUCCAGAGACCAUCGAGACACUCAUCGAUUACCACAAGGAAAUUUACUCGGUCGACACCGCAAGCAAGACAUGGGACUGGCCCGAGAAGGAGAUGCAACUCAAGAAACUUCAAGAGGAAUUUGUCCAGGCCGUCAACCGGUUUGUAUACCGCACAAGCGCCUCUGCCCUUGAAGGCAUGGAGGAAGAAGGCGCAGGAGAGUUACUCUGUGGCCUGGCAGACGAAGCCAAAGCCGCUAUCAUGGGCCUCUUCGUGCCUCUGCUCCCUCCUCCGCCACGGAUCGUCGAUGUGGUGCGUUCUACGCCAUUAGUCCCUUCUUCCACUGGCCCUGAUGAAUGGUGGCAUCAUAGCCCGACCCAGCAAUCGCCUUCCCCGGUUGAAUCCUGGGAUGUUCUGCCUUCCAGCCCAAGCACGACGACAAGUGACUCUCAUCCCAAUAUGUGGCCCAACAUCGGCUACAGUGACAUGUCCCUGUCCUCGCCUACGUCGUCACACUGCCAGCCAUUCUCGACAGCCACUUUCACCACGUCAGAGUUCUACGAAUGUCCAACCACCCUAGCUUCCGCUGUCCCUUACCUCCUGCCUGACAUGCUGGUGCAUCAGUGUGGUGCUGCUGCUGGCAUGGACGGUUUCGUCUGGGCCGAUAGAUACCCUGAAUUUGCCCUCCAGUACGGAACAGCCAUGUAA